AAGAUCCCCUUCGACAACCACCAAAUAUGAUCUGGGGCCCACCUGCCUUCGACAGACCCCUCUUAGCCACCUGCCUGUCCGGUCCCCAGGCAGAGGCUUCAUCCUGAUGUCCUGUCCAGUACACAGUUCAGGAGUGUGUCAGCAACUGGGAGUGGUGUCCUCAGCCUUCGAGACAUCAGCCUCUGUGCAGGGCUACUGUGCAUCCCUUCUCAUCGCGCUUGGCCAGCCAGUGCCAUGGGGUGUCCUUGUCCAGCAGUCUACACAACGGCUCGUACAACUCAGAGAGGUGUGGCAUGAAUCUUGCCAGAUACGUCACAAACCCAAUGAAUCGUUGAACGGCUUAGGCGUCAUCAAGGACAUUUUGUCACGUUAUCAAGACUCGUUCAGCUUGUCACCGCAGUCCGGAGUCAUACUGCAGCACCUCAUCCUGCAGUCCCCACAGAAGGCUGUUGGUUUGAAUUCUACAUCUGGUCAGGCCAGUCCUGGUCUCACCUCCACUUCUUCCACUGGUUCGAGUUGUGACAUUACAGUCAAAAACAGCACAGUCACUGUACCAUUAUCAAAGACUGAGGAAGAACAGACUCAUGACAGAAACGAGCAGUAUCCCGAGAAGGAUGUCGAUGAAAUCACCAGUUUCUUCUCACCAACCAUCUCCCAGCUCUCCCCUGAAGCCAUGGCGAUGGCUGGACAGAUUGCCAUGUUUGAAGAGGAGCAACGUAAAAAGGCAAAGAUGGCAUUCAGGGUGCGUCAGGAGCUGCAGGAGAAGCUAGUGAUGGUGGUGGCGAGUACUGAGUCGGAGCAGCUGAAACGCUUUGAGGAGCUCAUGGAGUUGAAACAAAGACAGGAGUACCAGAGCAUGCGGGAUAUGAUGGACAAAGAAACAAAGGAGAGCAUUGGCCGUCAAGAGAAGCUGAAGGAAGAGCAGCGCCACAGAAUGAAGAUCCAGAAUCUCCGCCUGAGAGAGGUGGAGCAGCAGCGUCUGAGGGAGGCAGAGCUGGAAAGACAGCGGCUGGUUGAAGGCGAAGAGAGGCUGCGGAACCUCAACUCAAUACAGGAGGAGAUCCUCCAGCUUAACCAGCUGCUGGAGCCCUUGACUCAGACUCAAACCACUGUACUAUCAGCAUCUCUUGGCACCUACAGUACCCGUGGGAAUCAGCUAUGCUCGCAGGUGUCCGAGGUUGUUCGAAAGACAGCAGAGGGGCAAUAUCCCAGCACAGAAGACAUGACUGUGGCAGAGCGGGCCCUACAUGAAAUGAGGACUCAAAUUCGAUUGAUGCAGGAAGAGGCAGCAAAAGCUCAGGAGGAAGAGAAGAAAAAAGAGAUGGCAGAGUCCCGCCGGAAGGUAGAGGACCUGAAGAAGCAGCAGGAAGCAAAAAUGAAGGCGGAGCAGGCAGCCAAAGAGAGGGUGCAUAAGGAAGGGUUGCAGAACAAUGCAGAAGACACCACUUUGAAAUGGUACAAGGAAUUGCAGGUGUCGCUUACUCAGUGCGCUCAGUCCAUUGAGCAACUCAGCUUAUCAAAAGAUUUCCAGACAAAGAAAUUUAAGUUGGAGCUCCAGAAAGCUGCUACUAUACCCAUCAGUCAAAUCUCCUCCAAUUCCGGAUCUCAACUUCGAGAAAUCUUUGAAAAGCUCAAGAAGCUGCUGUCUGGAAGGGUGGUGGUGUCGGCGGGAAAGUCAAUUUCCACCUCCCAUCAUCCACAGGGCUUGGACUUUGUGUUUUACAAAGUGGCUGAGAAGUUUGUGAAACAAGGUGAGGAAGAGGUGGCAUCGCAUCAUGAAGCAGCCUUCCCCAUCGGUGUGAUGGCCUCGGGUAUUUGGCAGAUGCACCCUCGAUUUGGUGACCUCCUCCUUGGCCACCUACACAAAAAAUGUCCUUAUGCGGUUCCACAUUAUCCUCGAAUGAAGGAUGGCACACCUGUGGAUGAAUAUCAGAGGAUUCUUGGUUACCGUGUGGAUGACUCUGGUGUUGAAGGCCAAGACAGUUUUCUGAAAAGGAUGUCCGGCAUGAUCCGCCUCUAUGCUGCCAUCAUCCAACUGAAGUGGCCAUUUGACUCCAAACACGGGUUGCCAACUCACGGCCUGAAUCAUGGUUGGCGCUGGUUGGCUCAGAUGCUCAACAUGGAGCCUAUAUCUGACAUCACUGCAACGCUACUGUUUGACUUUCUUGAGGUCUGUGGUCAUUGUUUGUUAAAAAGCUAUCAGGGUCAGUUCUGGAAAGUCCUCCUGCUUCUGAAAGAGCAAUACUUACCCAGGAUUGAAGCUGUGACCAGCAGUGGCCAGAUGGGUUCUGUCUCUAGACUGAAACUAUUUCUUGAGAAAGUGCUGCAAGAGCAGCAGAUCAGUCCACCUAAAGGAGAGCUGACAUCCAUCUUCUGGAGGUCAUGAGGUUGGAGAGAGUGCAAUGCCACUGGAUGAAGCUGAGAAAAGCUGAAAUGUUACAGCAACAAAGUCAACUUACUUACUGACAAUGUACUUUGAACUGAAAAUAUAUGCUCUCUCUUACUAGUCUUGCCCUUUGGCAAUGUAUUGCCCUCCAAAACACAAGUUCAGUCAAGUUAUUUUGAUGAGCUAUUUUAAAAAUAUAUCUUUUUAGAAAAACGGUUACAAUGCACCAAAUAAGGUUUGUCCUCCAAAACAGUGUUUAUCCGAUACAGGAAAGGAAAAUAUUAAGCUGGUAUGUAUCAACUGAUUUUCAUUAUCCUAAACGAGAGAAAAAAAAAAAAACAAUGAAUAUUACUUGAAAACCAUGAAUGCAGUGCUUGAAGUAUGAAAAGACUAUUUCUGAGCAAUGUUUUAUUGCAACAGUAAUCAUUUUGUCACAUUUAUGUGAAGACUGUAAUAAAAAAAAGUUAUUCUGCUA